AGACAAGUAUUGAACUAUAAGUAAACCAAAUUUACUGAUGAUAUAUUAAAUUAAAGCCGUUUGACUCUUAAUUAACAAAACCUUCAGUCUAAAUAACUCAACGAAAUAAUAAUUCCAACAGAACUUAACGCACUCAAAAUUAACUCCGAAAUUGUCAAAUAAAAGUGAUAAACAAAUUAAAGACAAGUAUACCAAAUUUCCUACAAAUUCAAUCCACACUUCAAACCGCAACUAAAACAAAUUGAGUCUUAGCAAAUCAACUGUUAAAACUUGUCAAUAUAACUCAACUAAACAACAGUUCAAACGGCACUGAAAUCAUUCCGAAUUUACUCCGAAAUAUCCAUAUAGAAAACUGCCUGCACAUUCUAUAAAAAUCAAACCACAACUACAACAAAUUUAAAGCAUUGACUCUUUGAAAAUCGUCUAAUAAAAUAACUAUCAAAAUAACUUAACUAAAUACCAAUUGAAGCAGCACUUAACCCACUCCGAAUUAACUCCAAAAUUACCAACAAUCAAUCGCGAUGCGCACGUUUAAGCGCGGCUUCUACUGUGCGGAUCUCUCGCUCCGCUAUCCGUACCACGAAUGCACGAUCACGGUGCCCAUGCUCCUGGUGAUGAUGCUGCUGCUGCCCAUGCUCUUCAUCAGCGUGGUGGAGAUCAUGCGCAUCUGUCGCCAUCUGCGCAUGCGGCAAUAUCUGCGCAAUUUGUGGCGAGCGCAGGCAACAUUCAGCUUCGGCUUCAUCGCCACCUAUCUGACAACGGAGCUGGCCAAGCACGUGGUGGGUCGACUGCGUCCGCAUUUCUACAGUGCCUGCCAACCACGACUGCACGACGGCACCAGCUGCUCGGAUGCCCACAAUGCCGAUGUUUACGUGCAGCAAUUCUACUGCAGCAAUCGCAAUCUAUCGACGCAACAGUUGCGCGAGCUGCACGUUAGUUUUCCCAGCGCCCACAGCAGUCUCAGCUUCUAUUCGAUGUGUCUGCUGGCCUUCUAUGUGCACAGUGUGUGGCAGGGACGCGGCAGUGUGCGCGUCAUGAGGCACAUUCUCCAGUUUCUGUUGCUCAUGGCCGCGUGGUAUGUCUCGCUGAGCCGUGUGGCCGACUAUUGGCACCAUUGGUCCGAUGUCUUGGCUGGUGCCGUGUUGGGCGUUGUCUAUGCCACAAUCACGGCCAUUUAUGUGGGCGAUCUGUUGCAUGCACGGCCGCCGCACAACGUUAAUCCCGUUGCACUCGGCUACGUGUGUGCGCCAACCAGUUGCUGCUGCAGUUGCCACCACCAGCGCCAUCAUAAUCACCAUCAUCAUCAUCAUCAUCAGCUCCUGGGUGAGAAUAAUAAUUCGACGACGUCCACAAAGGUGCAUUUCUUGGCUGCCGCCGCCGCCGCUGUGGCAGCCACACCGCACCACACCGAUUGUGGGCAGCACCACAUUGAAGUAGACGACAAUAUCGAGAUCGACAUCGACGACAGCAGAGACGAUCGCAACGACUGCGACGACGAUGACGACGGCAGCAGCAGCGACGCUGACGUUGACUACAAGCUGCCCACAUCGCGUAAUCCGACGCCGUCGCCACCGCCCCCGCCACCGCAUUCUGGAACGCUGAGCUUGCCAAAUGUGGUCUAAGAAAGAGAAAGAGAAGGAGAAGGAGACACUUAUCUGUUUUGGAUUUGGUGGGGUAAAUGCCCAUUGUGCAUUACGACAAAAUUUCGACAAUUUUACCAUUUAGAAAUCGAAGCAAAACACCGAAAAAAACGAAAAAAAAAAUGUGAUAAGCGCGCGGCGCAACUCUUUUUACCUGAUAUGCACAGUAGAGUAGACCAUGCUCAGACCAAGUACUCUGCAUGAUUUACGAAAUCCAAUGCCUCAAGACACGAGCACACACAUUGUGCAACACUCUGUGCGGUGCUGUGUGCUGUGGUGCAACAGUCUGGCAACGCUGCGGGCGCGCACAGUGGUCACGAAACGUGUUGUGGGCCAGCAGAAGCAGAAAAAGGCAAAUCUUGCACAUUAAAUUAAAAGAAAAUUUAAUUUGAUUUGGCAGCGGCAACGACGACGACGACGACUUUGGCGUAUCUCUUGCCCCGUCUAUCUGCCUCGUCUUGUGGCUACUACGGCGGCCGGGCGCUUGUUUUGUUUGUAAACAAAGCCGCAGUCACGUCGCAGCCGCCUCUUUGAAGUGCCAACAACAACAACAACAACAACGUGCUUCAAUCAGCUGGCACAAUCUGCAGCUGCAGUCGACGCUGCAGUCGACGUCAACUGCGACUGCGACGUCGAAGUUGCUGCAUAGUUUUCAUUGCUUGCGCAGAGAUAAGGCCUUAUAAAUAAUGAACAAAUUACAAUAAAAAAAAAACAAAAUCUGAAAACAAUAUUAAAAGAGACAGUUGUAGUUAAAGCACUCUAACAAUUCAUUAUAAAAGAUUUAUUGAACAAAAAAAAAAUAAAUAAAAACUAUUUAUUAGCAUUUACUUAGUGUUAAUUGAAUGUGUGAAAGAGAAAGAGAGAAACAGAGAUGUUGUCUGCUCUUUCGU